GUUGGAUUGUGGGAAGACCGACAUCAUUUGCCACGUUCAAAGUUUUACAGAUACGUGGACUAAAUUACGUUUUAUUUCUUAUUCUGAAAAGAUACCGACCGAUACGUGCAUACUGAGAGAGAGAGGGAGGUAGUUGUCCACAAUGAAGAUUAAGGAGAUAGAGCGGACAGCCAAUGUGGCAUGGUCUCCCCAGGAACAAUACCCUGUCUACUUGGCAACAGGCACAGCCGCUCAGCAGCUUGAUGCAACAUUCAGCACUAGUGCAGCUUUGGAGCUGUAUGAAUUAAACCUGGGAGACUCUGGAAUGGGAAUGAACAUGGUAGGAACUCUACCAGCUGACCACAGAUUCCACAAACUUGUAUGGGGUGGUUCUUCGGGCCCAGAUCAAGCAUCUGGUGUCCUAGUAGGUGGCUCUGACAAUGGAAACCUGUUUAUCUGGGACCCUGCUAAAAUUAUACAAAAAGAUGAGGCUGUAGUGCAUCAUCUUACAAAGCAUUCUGGGAAUGUAGCUGCUUUAGAUUUUAAUACCUUCCAGUCCAAUCUUUUGGCAUCUGGAGGCAGUGAAUCAGAAAUAUUUAUCUGGGAUCUCAACAACACUGCCAACCCCAUGACCCCUGGGGCUACAUCCCAACCCCCUGAUGAUGUCAGUUGUCUUGCCUGGAACAGACAGGUUCAACAUAUACUGGGGUCAACAUUUGGAAACAGAUGUGUUGUGUGGGAUCUUAGGAAAAAUGAACCUAUCAUUAAAGUCAGUGAUAGCAUGUCAAGAAUUAAAAGUAAGAUAGUUGCAUGGCAUCCCAAUGUUGCCACUCAGAUGUGUCUCGCAUCAGAGGAUGAUCACACUCCAGUAAUCCAGCUCUGGGAUCUCAGAUUUGCGACAUCCCCUGUCAAAGUCCUGGAGAACCACAACAAGGGGAUCUUGUCAAUAGCCUGGUGUCCACAGGACCCUGAUCUACUGCUCAGUUGUGGCAAAGACAAUAGGAUACUCUGCUGGAAUCCAAAUAGUAAUGUCCAAGGUGGCGAGGUUGUAUAUGAGCUACCUACAAGCUACCAGUGGAGCUUUGAUGUACAAUGGUGCCCCAGGAACCCAGGGGUCAUUUCAAGUGCCUCCUUUGAUGGUCAUAUCAGUAUAUACUCCCUCAUGGGCGGAGAGCAACCCGAACAACUCCUCAGUCCUAAAAUAGCAGAAUCUUUUCCAAAUGAUCCAUUCUCGCAGGCCCCUCAGCAACAGGCAGUGAAGCAAGCUGUCGUCCCUCUGAAGAAACCUCCUAAAUGGAUAAGAAGGCCCGUGGGGGCCUCAUUUGGGUUUGGUGGCAAGUUAAUCACAUUUGGUGAAGAAAAACCCCAAAAUCCUCAGCAACUUCCUGCUCGGGAAGUCCUUAUAAGUCAGGUUGUCACAGAGACAGAUUUAAUUGCAUCAUCACACCAGCUAGAAAGUGCUCUAGCGAACCAGCAGUAUGCAGAAUUCUGCGCUCUUAAGCUGGCAAAUAGUAAGACAGCCAACGAGGAAAGCCAGUGGAACUUUUUGAAGGUGAACUUUGAGAAAGAUUCACGUAGCAGAUUUUUAGAACUCUUAGGGUACAAUCCAUCUCAAUUGUCUAGAAAGGUCGCGGAAUCUAUCGGCACUCCUGCGAACUCUUCAAAUGUGGAGGGAGUAGAUGCCAGUGAGUUGGCACAGAAGAUGAAUGAUCUCAAUACGUUGAGCCCAGGGAGUGGAGAUUUUGUGUCUAGCGGGGCUGCCUCCCCCAAUGUAAUGGAAUCAAAGACUCCUGAUACAGACUCCAUAAGUGCAGAGGGCAGCAGUGCAUUUGAUCAAAUAGCUGCUGAUAUGGGCCAAGACUCCCGAUCAACCUCCCCAUUUACCAUCAGUACAAAAGAUGAUUCAGAUGGCCUGAUUAGUCAAGCAGUUUUGGCAGGAAAUUUUGAAGCUGCUGUAGAUGUAUGUCUCCAUGACGACAGAAUGGCUGAAGCAAUCCUAUUGGCUAUCGCAGGAGGACCAGAACUGCUGGCGAGAACACAGAAAAAGUACUUCAGAUCUAAUAAGAGUAAUUUGACCAGGUUGAUUUCCUCUGUUGUGACACGAGACUGGGAGCAUGUUGUGAGAACAUGUGACCUAGAUAAUUGGAAAGAGGCUCUAGCCACAGCUCUCACUUAUGCCAGUGCUGAUGAGUUCUCAACUCUAUGUGAUAUUUUGGGUUCAAGACUAGAGUCUGAGCAACAUGGCCGCCUAUCAAUUCAUGCAAUGUUGUGUUACAUCUGUGCCGGUAACGUUGAGAGACUCGUUGACUGCUGGGAGAAAAAUACAGAGAACAAUAACAGCCCAGAAGCUUUACAGGACUUGGUUGAGAAAGUAAUGAUAUUGCGCAAAGCAGUUGAGACUGCUCGGGGACAAACAGACAUAUCUAGUGGAAUCCUAGCGAAGAAACUUAGUCUCUAUGCUGAGUUGUUAGCUGCCCAAGGCAACCUCCCAACUGCCAUGGGAUAUCUGGGAAAUUCUAAUGAGUCAACACUGCUGGUUCUACGUGAUCGACUCUACCAGUCCCUUGGGCAAACAGUCCCUGGUGUGCAGGCCCCUGCUUGCCCCUUCCAGAGGUAUAACAUACAGAAAGAGAGGGCAGCACCUGUGCAACAACCCCAAGCUGCACAGCAACCAGCACACUCGCAGCAAAGGAACCAGCCACAGGCUACACAACCUUUCUACCAGACUCAAGCCAAGGGGAAUGUUAGUACAACCACUACACCUAGUUCUACAUACAACUACAACACCCAAGCUCAGUAUGCACAGUUUAAUGGUUCAGCACAACCACAACCAACCUUCAGUGCCCAGUCAACACAAUAUAAUCAGACAGCCCCUGCUGCAACACAGGCCUCUAAAGGUCCACUAAGUCAAAGAUACCCCCCAGUAUCUGCCCAAAGUGUUGCCUCUUCUUAUGGCAAUGUCUACAACCCCAACGACUAUGCAGGUGCGGGACAGCAGCCUGCUACGUCCAAUCCUUACUCCACAUCUGGCUACAUGUAUGGUCAAGACACUAUGGGGGGAUAUAGGGGCUAUAACAACGCUGCCACCACCUCUCAACCACAGGUUUAUAACCCUAUGGCUCCAGGUGCUCCAGAUAUGUCAAACACCAGACAGCCCUCAUCCUCAUCUGAACCACCAAUGCCCUCUUAUCAAGAAAUGCCCCCCAAAAGCGGAUGGAAUGAUCCACCUCCCCCAACUGAGAGCAAGAAAAAAGUGGCUGUAUCGACGUAUGAAGCUCAAGCUCCCAUCACAUCCCCCUUCCCAGGGUCAGCUAUGCCAGAACAGGGUCCUCCAGGGGCUCCCUACGGGGACCAGCAGCAGAUCUAUAACCCCCAGCAGUACUCCCAACAGGGUUACCAACAACAACAGCAGGGUUAUCAAUCCC